CAGAUCAUGAUCUCAGUGUCCUGGGAUCCAGUCCACUUGGCUCCCUGUUCAGUGGGGAACCUGCUUCUCCUUCUCCUUCUGCCUCUCCCCUUGCUCCUCCUCCCUGCCCAUGUUCUCUCUCUUGCUCUGCUCUCUCUCUCUUAAGUAAAUAAAAUAUUUUCUUAAAAAAUAUUUUAUUUAUUUAUUUUUUCAGGAGAGAGAGAGAGAGGGAGAAAGAGUGAGAGAGCGAGUAUGGGGGGAGGGGCAGAGGGAGAAGCCGACUCCCCGCUGAGCAAGGAGCCCCAUGCGUGACUCGAUGCCAGGACCCUGGGAUCAUGACCUGAGCCAAAGGCAGACGCUCAACCAACUGAGCCACCCAGGCGUCCCGCUUUGUGAGUUUUGACCUUUUAUUUUCCUCAGCCAAGCCUAAACUGAGCCGAUGUCCAAUCCCGUGAAGCACUGGGAAGCCUGAAUGAAAUGAUGAACCAGAAAGUAUUUUGUAAACUCUCCAGUUCUCUACACACCGUGUUUCUGAGGGCUGUGCAUGGGUAAGAGCGGUACCGGAGACUGUCAGGAGAGGAGUCACCAGCCUCUGGUCUGGAUGCCAGCAGGAUGACUGCGUGACUUUUGUUGAGCUGGGGCCCAAACGCUCAGGCACCGGUUGGCAGGUGAGCAGGAGGAGUUUGUCAGCUGUAGAAGAGAAAAAAUGCUUUGAGUUGAGGAAGUCAGAGAAUGCACCUUGGAGGAGACAUUUUAUUUGAAGUGUGUUGCAUACUUUCUAAGGCGGCCUGGCGGCGGCUUCAUCCAGCCCAUCGGCUCCUCCUCCUCGGCAUGGCUGGCUACUUGAGCAAAACAGACUUUGUGAUGGUGGAGGAGGGCUUCAGCACCCGAGAACUGUUGGAGGAGCUCACUCUGGGGGCCUCACAGGCCACCGCGGGUGACGUCGCUGCCUUCUUCGUGGCCGACCUGGGUGCUGUGGUGAGAAAGCACUUCUGCUUCCUGAAGUGCCUGCCUCGAGUCCGGCCCUUCUACACGGUCAAGUGCAACAGCAGCCCCGGUGUGCUGAAGGUCCUGGCCGAGCUGGGUCUGGGCUUCAGCUGUGCCAACAAGGCAGAGAUGGAGUUGGUCCAGCGUAUUGGUGUCCCUGCCAGUAAGAUCAUCUACGCCAACCCCUGUAAGCAAAUCGCACAGAUCAAGUACGCUGCCAAGCAUGGGGUCCAGCUGCUGAGCUUUGACAACGAGGCGGAGCUGGCCAAGGUGGUAAAGAGCCACCCCAGUGCCAAGAUGGUUCUGUGCAUUGCUACCGAUGAAUCUCACUCCCUGAGCCCCCUGAGCUUCAAGUUUGGAGCGUCGCUGAAAUCCUGCAGACACCUGCUGGAAAAUGCCAAGAGGAGCCACGUGGAGGUGGUGGGGGUGAGUUUUCACGUCGGCAGCGGCUGUCCUGACCUUCAUGCCUACACUCAGUCCAUCGCAGAUGCCCGGCUUGUGUUUGAAAUGGGCGCUGAGCUGGGCCACGGGAUGCACAUCCUGGACCUUGGCGGUGGCUUCCCUGGAUUGGAGGGGGCCAAAGUGAGAUUCGAAGAGAUUGCUUCUGUGAUCAACUCAGCCUUGGACCUGUACUUCCCGGAGGGCUGUGGCGUGGACAUCCUUGCCAGGCUGGGGCGUUACUAUGUGACUUCGGCCUUCACCUUGGCAGUCAGCAUCAUUGCCAAGAAGGAGGUUCUUCUGGACCAGCCUGGAAGGGAGGAGGAAAAUGGUUCCACCCCCAAGACCAUCGUGUACCACCUCGGUGAGGGCGUGUAUGGAAUCUUCAACUCAGUCCUGUUUGACAACACGUGCCCUACCCCCAUCCUGCAGAAGAAGCAAACACAACGUCUCUCUGGAGUGGAAAUCUUCAGCCUAGACUUCUAAGAAUUCUCACAAGUAAAGUGCCAAAGUACAUGGGCUUGCAGUCAAAAAUCACAAAACACAAAGAACCAGGUCACCAUGAGGGCAAACCUGCAGAAGUAAGAAACAGCAGAACCAGACCUGCAAUUAUUUCAUGUAUUAGAAUUAUCAGAUGUUAAAGAUAAACCAGAAUGUUUACAAUGUUUAAAGAAAUAAGAAAUUGAAAAUGUGACCAAGGGGUACCUGGGUAGCUUAGUUGGUUAAGCCUCCAACUCUUGAUUUUGGUUCAGGUCAUGAUCUCAGGGUCAUGAGAUCAGGUCCACAUUGAGCUCCACAUCGGGCUCCAUGCUGGACCUGGAGCCUGCUUAAAAUUCUCUCUCCCUCUCCUUCUGCCCCUCCUCCCCAACCUGUGUGCUCUCGCUUAAAAAAAAAAAAAAGGUGCUCGCUUCGGCAGCACAUAUACUAAAAUUGGAACGAUACAGAGAAGAUUAGCAUGGCCCCUGCGCAAGGAUGACACGCAAAUUUGUGAAGCAUUCCAUAUUUUUUUAUGUUGAGUGAAAUAAGUCAAACAGAGAAAGACAUGUAUCAUAUGGCCUCACUGAUAUGAGGAAUUCUUGAUCACAGGAAACAAACUGAGGGUUGCUGG